AAAACAUCGCAGGGGCGGGGCCAGGCCGCGGGCCAGCGGCAUCAUGAUCGAGAAGCCCGCAAGGGGGGGCGGUGCGCAAGCUGUCCGGCAGUAGCAAGGCCGGCGGGGUUCGGUGAGGCCCCCCGGAAUGAAAGCGGAGCGGCCCGGCGGGGGGUCUUUGGGGCCGCGCCUCGGCCUUCCGACCAUCCAUCCCCCGCUCCGACCCAUCGCCCCACGCCGGGCCGGGGGGCGGACCCACCCCGCCCUCGCUCGUGGCGGGGCGGCAUGGCGUCACAAGGCCGGCGCGCGGCCGCACCCACCGGGCGCCCGUUAAUUUCCCUACCAGCCCCCCUUAUUUUCCUUCGGGGCUGUGGCGCCUAGCCCGCCGGGUUUCCGUCCGUCGCCCUGACUGUCUGUGGCGCCGCGCGUUGACAUCUUGGGAGGCAGGCGCUUUCCCGCGUGCCCUCGGGCGCGCUCCGAUGGUCAGGGAGAGUGUGUCCCCUGUGUCGCCCCGUGAAUUUCAAGAAUGAACAGGCCAUAGAGGCCGGCGCAGCUCCAUCCUCGGGCCAGCGGGCACAUUGCAGAGUGUGGCGCUCGGGCCAGAAAUUCAAAUUGUUUGCUAAAUUGCAACAGGUCGUCCGAAGGGCGCGCUGCAGCCUGGCUGCGAAU